AUGAAAUUUGCUCUCCGGUUUAAGACUUUUGACCUGCCACCCUAUGGCAAAGAGUCAAGCUGCAAUUUUAAAAACAUCCUGGAAGGCUACGCCAGUACAAAGACCGGUUAUCGUUUGCCAAAUGUCCACACCUUACAUAACCAGGUUCACAUAGUCGUGGGUGGAGUCAUGGGGGAUGUAUCUUCUCCGUCAAACGACCCGGUCUUUCCUCUUCAUCAUUCCUCUGUGGAUCGUAUCCGUCUGAGAAAUGGCUUCGCAAGUUCAACAAGAACGCUUCGUUUCUUGGAACAUACGAUGCACGCAUCGGACACAACAAAGAUGACGUCAUUGUACCACUUUAUGCUGUGUAUACUCAUCAACAGACUUUUAAGAAGUCUAUCGAUCGAGUACGGUUAUGA